AUGAAUGACAUCACUGCCCAUUCUAUUGAAGAAAAGAAGAAAAUUAGGGACCAAUUGGCAACAAAUGCUGGUUCGAAUCCAGUUGGAUCCUUGAUCCUGGUCAAAAUGUCCGAGCCUGCAGGCUCAGCGACUCCAGGCGCAGAUGGCGCCCCUGAUGCGCAGGCGCUGGUGCCGCGCAAGCAAGCCCGGCCAAGGGGCAAGCCGAUGCCUGAGCGACCUAAGAGGAGUCUGUUCUGUUUAGGUUUGAAAAACCCGUUAAGGGUGCUAUGUUACGAUAUUGUUGAAUGGAAACCCUUCGAAUACAUGAUAUUGACGACAAUUUUUGCCAACUGCAUCGCGCUCGCAGUCUUCACGCCAUAUCCGUCCAGUGAUACCAAUUACACAAAUCAAAUAUUAGAAAAAAUAGAAUGGAUAUUCAUGGCAAUUUUCACAGCGGAAUGCGUGAUGAAGAUCAUAGCCUACGGCUUUCUCUUACACCCUGGUGCCUAUCUUAGGAAUACUUGGAACAGUCUCGAUUUUACUAUAGUCACUAUUGGUAUUGUAAGUCAAGGCUUGCAGUUUGUGGUGAACGAUUCUUUUGACGUCAAAGCGUUACGAGCGUUCAGAGUGCUUCGGCCGCUUAGAUUAGUAUCGGGAGUGCCUA